AUGGAAGAAAAGACCACCUUCGAGGCUCUUGGGCAGGCCGCUUCGGGCUUGAAUAUCGAAGACGACGCCACGGCUGACCGCAAGAUCCUCAUCGCCGUGGAUUUUGGCACGACCUUUUCUGGAGUUGCUUGGGCUCAGACACGACGUCCCGAUGUGCAGUCUGUGAUCAUCCAGUGGCCUGACUCGACGAAUGGCGGCCUUGAAGGGGUGAGCAGUGAUAAGGUGCCAACUGAGCUCCGAUACGAACAGGGCCAAGUGAAAUGGGGCUUCCAAGUCGACGACUACGGCCUCCGCCACCAAUGGUUCAAACUUGAUCUCGAUCCCACCCAGAGCCGCGGAAUUUCAGACUUGAGUCGUCAGUUCCCGGACCAGCACGCCCUCCCACCGGGCUAUAGCGCUUCAAGCGAAAAGCUCUGCACCGACUAUCUCGGAGCCCUACGCGCGCAUACUGAAGAGGUACUCAAAUUCAAACUACCCGCUAGCAUCAUUAAAAGUACGCCAAUCGAGUACAUCAUUACUGUCCCGGCAGUAUGGUCAGACUCGGCCCAAGCCAAGACCCGCCUGUGUGCGGCUGCAGCUGGAAUGGGCAAAAACCUGCAGAUAAUCUCUGAGCCUGAAGCCGCUGCGAUCUAUGCAUUGCAUGCAAUGGAUCCUCACAGCAUUCAAGUCGGUGAUACUUUCGUCCUCUGCGAUGCUGGAGGUGGCACGGUCGAUUUAAUCUCGUAUACUGUGACAGAGCUGAAGCCUAUUUUGAAAGUCACAGAGGCGGCUAUGGGCACUGGAAGGCUGUGCGGGAGUACCUUCCUCAACCGCAUUUUCCAGAAGUUCUUGGUUGACAAGUUGAGCUUGAAUGAGGAGUGGGAUGAGGAGGUCGUGGAAGAUGCCAUGAAAAGAUUUGAUUUGGUCACUAAGAAGGCAUUCCGCGGUGGCCCUAGCGAGGAAUCUGUCAUUCCCGUCCCCGGACUGGCCGACAACCCGUCCCAAGGCGUCCGAAGGGGCAAAUUUAAGAUGAACGGCACCCAAGUCAAAGCAAUCUUCGAUCCCGUAGUUGACGAAGUCGUAGCACUGGUCCGAGGUCAGAUUGCAGCCACCCAGAAGAAAGUUAAAGCGGUGCUCCUCGUUGGUGGUUUCGGGCAGAACGCUUAUCUUCGCGAGACUGUUCGUGCAGCUAUUGAUCCGGCUAUCGAGGUCAUUCAGCCUCCCAAUGGCUGGACUGCGGUCGUUCGAGGCGCCUUGAUGAAGGGACUCAGCCAGUUGGAACCCGAUACGGAGAGAGUCAAGGUAGCCAGCAGGUCUGCGAGGAAGCAUUAUGGUACGGAGAUCAUGAGCAAGUAUGAUAGUAGCAAGCAUGCCAAGGCAACAAGCUGGUGGGAUGAUUACGACGGCGAAUUCAAAGUCUUCGACAUGUCCUGGUUUAUCACCAAAGGCAGCCCUGUCACCGAAGACCGUGCCUCCAUCCGCAAAUACCACAAAGUCUGGAAGGUCUCCGAAGGCCCUCGCCAAAUUGUCGCGCAAGAUAUCCUCAUGUUUGCAGACCCAGAGGACAAGGGUGCCCCUAUCUACAAGGAUGAUGGAGAGGUUAAGCACCUGGCGAGACUGACGGCGGAUCUGAGUUGCAUUCCAGUCCGUGAGCUGGUGCAGAAGUUGGGCAAGGAUGGGAAGAUGUACUAUGUCAUCUAUUAUGAGAUCGAGAUGACGUAUUACUCGGCGCAGACGAAGUAUUGUCUGGUGUACAAGCAGGUCAAGUAUGAUAGUGUUACGGCGGAGUAUGUUUGA